UUCGCUGACUACCUGUUCUCCAAGCAAAAUGAAAUCUGGAACAAUAUUUGUGACAAAGUAUAUCAGGAUAUGACACAACCACUUUCAAAUUACUGGAUCGCAUCGUCUCACAACACCUAUUUGACCGGUGAUCAAUUUUCAAGUGAAUCAUCGACUGAGGCAUACGUAAGAGCAUUGCGUAUGGGUUGUCGUUGUAUCGAACUGGAUUGUUGGGAUGGUCCCGAAAAUAUGCCGUUAAUAUUUCAUGGCCACACUUUUACCACAAAAAUCAAAUUUCGAGAUGUAAUCAAAACUAUUAAGGAGCAUGCAUUUGUUACAUCAGAAUAUCCAGUUAUUCUCUCAAUUGAACAAAAUUGCUCAUUGGCACAGCAGCGAAAGAUGGCACAAGCAAUGAUCGAAGUUUUUGGUGAUAUGUUGCUUAUUCACAGAGUUGAUAAGAAUGAGACCCAGCUGCCCUCACCAUAUAAUUUACGCCGCAGAAUUAUUUUGAAACACAAAAAACUCCCAGAAAUUGAAGAAGAUCCGCUUCCACGUUCGGCAGAUGAGAUUGAAAAUAUACGUAAUAUACCAAAAGAAGGUCGAUUAUAUCUUCAAGAUCCGGUCGAUAAAACAUGGAAUUUAUAUUUGUUUGUGCUGACACAACAUAAGCUCAUGUACAAGCCAGAGCCUGAAGAUAUACGUGACGAUGAAAGUGAAUCACAUCUCCCAAGACCUAAUGAGAGUGUGGUAAACGAUGAACUGCAUUUUGGUGAGAAUUGGUUUCACGGCAAACUGGAAGGAGGCCGUGAUGAAGCUGAACGAUUACUUAAAGCUUACAAGCAUUUAGGGGAUGGUACGUUUUUAGUUAGAGAGAGUGCGACUUUUGUUGGCGACUUUAGUAUAUCGUUUUGGAGACAGGAUCGACCACAUCAUUGCAGAAUUAAGCUGAAACAUAUUAAUGGACUUACAAAGUAUUACCUCGUUGAGAAUUAUGCCUUCGACAGCUUGUAUAGCCUCAUAAUGCACUAUCGUCAAAAUUUGCUGCGAAGCUCGGAAUUUUACAUUACAUUGAAAGAACCCGUGCCACAGCCAAAGAAACACGAAAAUCAAGAAUGGUUUCACCCAAAUACAACGCGUGAGCAAACUGAAACAGCAUUAUUGCAUUUGAGUGAUGGUUCUUUUUUAGUUAGAGUUAGCGAGCACAACACAUCCAUUUUUGUUGUUUCUUUUACGGCAUAUAGGAAAGUGAAACACUGUCGCAUAAAUGUCGAAGGUCGCCUAUAUGUAGUUGGGGAGCUUUUAUUUGAAAGUUUAGUAGCCCUCGUGAAUUAUUACACAAGGAAUCCAUUGUAUCGAAAUGUAAAACUUACUUAUCCAAUAUCAAAAGAUAUUCUCAAAACAAUGAUGAAAAAAUACACAGACAAUACG